CUCCCCCGCUCCUCCUGAGCCCGGCCGCCCAUCAGUCACUCAGUCAGUCAGUCAGUCGGUGGGCUCAGUCGCUCACCGUCCGCCCUCGGAGCCGGAGCUUCUGCUCGCCUCGCCGUCGUCCCAGUCCUCGUCUUCUCGCCUCGCCUCUGCCCUUUCCGCCUCCCGUUGGCGAGGCCAUGGCGGAGCCGUCGGCGGCCACCCAGUCCCCGUCUAUCUCUUCGUCGUCGUCCGGGGCCGAUGCCGCCGGGGCCGUGGCGGGCGGCGGGGGAAGCCCUGGGACCUGCCCAGGCCUGGGGGGCAAGAGCUGCGCCUCGUCCUGUGCGGUGCACGACCUCAUCUUCUGGCGGGAUGUCAAGAAGACUGGCCUUGUCUUUGGCACAACAUUGAUCAUGCUGCUCUCCCUGGCAGCUUUUAGUGUCAUCAGCGUGGCUUCUUACCUCAUCUUGGCCCUCCUUUCUGUCACCAUCAGCUUCCGGGUCUACAAGUCUGUCAUCCAAGCUGUGCAGAAGUCAGAAGAGGGCCAUCCGUUCAAGGCCUACCUGGAUGUGGACAUUGCUUUGUCCUCAGAAGCUUUCCAUAAUUACGUCAAUGCUGCGAUGGUCCACGUCAACAAGGCUCUCAAGCUCGUCAUCCGUCUCUUUCUGGUGGAAGAUCUGGUGGAUUCCUUAAAGCUGGCUGUCUUCAUGUGGCUGAUGACGUACGUGGGUGCAGUUUUCAACGGGAUUACCCUCCUGAUUCUUGCUGAACUGCUGGUCUUCAGUGUUCCAAUUGUCUAUGAAAAGUAUAAGACGCAGAUUGACCAUUAUGUUGGCAUUGCUCGUGAUCAGACCAAGGCAGUUGUUGCAAAGAUCCAAGCAAAACUGCCUGGCAUUGCAAAGAAAAAGGCAGAAUAACAACUCAGAAACUGGAAAUGAAACAGUCACUAAAACACCAUUUAAUAGUUUGUAACCAUUGUUACUCGUACCUAUGAAGGAGUAUGCUCAUUGUCAGCUUGAGCCUGCAUUCCAAGUUUGUUUUUUUUUAAUUGGUAUUUUUCCCCUCCCUCAUCCUUGCCCUCAGUAUCAAGCACAAGAACAUUCUGGACUAAAAAGAACUGAUGUCUUAGAAUCCACAGGAUCACAUUGGUGGGAUAAAUCCAUAGCUAGCUGGGUAGGGGUGGGGUGGAAUGGGGAGGGUGGAAGAGCAAGAAAGAGGCCGACCACCUAAUUCCCACAGACUGGUCUUUACCAAUCUCUCAUCAUCAGCUUAUCUUUAUUUUUAAAUUAAAAGAGAACUGUUUUUAUUUUUGGCAAAUUAUUUUGGGACAGGAGUAUGGGCAUAAAAGGACUUUAGUAUUUCACAUCUUCUAGGUCUUUUGUACCUCUUUGACCUCAUUUUCCUGCCCCACUGUGGGAAAGGCCAGCACAUAAUGGUCCUUGUUCUUCUCGUGGCUGUCUUCUCUCUAAUGGAACCUCUGAAAAGGUAGAGCUCUCCGUUCCAUUUAAUAACUUAGAAAUAGUAAUGGUCUACCUUCUGUCUGAUGAGCACGAUAUUGGUACUGGAGAACAAGGACCAGAAGGAAACCCAGAAAAGGAACCCUUCUCAGCCUGCCACUCUCUCCUCCCUAAACAGUUAAGGAACUACCGUUUUGAGAAGUAGACGUUUGUCGUAUUCCUUUUCUGACACCAGUUCUGAGCUUUAGUCUUCUAUAACUCAUUCCUAUAUUGUGCUUUCCUCCCUCUCCCCCACCUCACUUCAAGUUUAAUAAGGUUGUACUUUUCAUAUUAUGAAAUAAAAAGUCUGUAACUGCUGUACACUGCUGUAAACUUGUUAGAGAAAAAUAAUCUGCAUGUGGCCUCCUCAGUUGUUGUAAUUCUAUCUCAGUCCGGGGGUUGGGGAACAUGCUAAGAGGAACUUGUGAAACAUGACCCACCUCUUCCAUCUCCCUUCUUUGCCCUGUUUGUUGUGUGUUCUCCGAUGGGCUGCCCUCACAUACCUUUCUGAUCUUUGCCCUAAGGAGCAGUUUGCCUGAGCUGUACUAAAAAAAACCUCUGACUCCCAGAACAAGGGGUUUUGGUUGGCAGCAUGGGUUUGGGAGGAGGAAAUAAAGCCUUUUUUUUUUUUUUUUUAAUCAGAAGAACAAAAUGCAGAUUAGUUUAUAGAAGUACAUUUUGUGGUUUACAUGGAGUCUAACCUUGUUUUGAGGGUAGCUUUGCAUUUUGGAGGUUAUAUAUGUUUAUUUUGAAGAUUUUCUUCAUUUUUAUGGGGGGGGGAGUGGAGAAUAUGUCUCUUCAAAAUUUGCCUUGGCCCAAACUGUCCCUCAUGACGUGGUGAUGAAGCAGGUCCUAGCUGGAGCCUCUAGGACCAGGGGUUCCUGAGGCAGGGUUGGUGAGGUGCCAGGUCACCUUGGUGAGGACCAUAUCCAGUCAGAGGACAGAUGGUGCAGAGCAGCUGGGCCUAACUCAGCUGCUGCUGUGAGAUUUACUUAGCACUUGGGGCUCUGCUAGAAGUGUCUUUCUUUCCUCCCUCCUAACAUUUUCUUCUGACAGUAGAUUUGGGAAGCUCUUGAUUUCCAUUAAUACAUUUGUUGCUGAGUUUACAUGUGAGCUGCCAAAGGUGUUAAGUAGUGAACGUGGAACAUUUGGAGGAAAUGGACCCAUUUUUUCUAGGCCCACAACUGCAGCUCAGUAGAAAGUAGCAUAGGAAAAGUUCUCUCUUUGUUGAAAAACUCCUUUUUAGGGAUCUUAGCUGAGUAGUAGGAAGACUUUGGUGCUGGGAGCUUAGAGACGGCAUCGUCCCUCCCCGUGUGUCAUGUUCCUCUUGAGCCUUUUUCCCUCCUCCAGGGCCCUGACAGUCAUUGGGCUUCCCCUCCAGAGGACCUCUUUCCGCCCCAGGAGCCUCUAUGCCUUGCGCUUCUGUCUUCUAUUAUUACUGCUGUGUUUUGAUCAUUGGACAGAUCUUUGUGCCAGGCAGGUUUUGUUGUUGUUUUUUUUUUUUUAAAGGAAAAAAAUGUAGACAAAAAACUACUAAUGAAGCUCUGUGUGUGUGCGUGUAUGUGCGUGCAACAUAAAAUACAGUAGCAGCCCUUCCAAGGAGCCUGGAGAAUCUUGGUUCCUGUCAAACUGCAAAUUGAUGUGGUAUUAAUAAAAAGAACACAAUGUCUGUGA